CAGCGCAAUUCAAGCAAGAGUUCGAGAUGCUAGAAUGUCUCCAGAGAAGGGCUCCAGGGAAUGGCCGAGGGUGAUGAGUGUGUUUAGUGCGGAGGGGGAAAAAGGCCGAGGGAACAAGAGAGCCAACAUUUGGAAGGAUGUCCCAUUGAGGAGAAAAGGGCAAGGUUUUCCUGCUCCUCUGGGAUCGCUUGUGUUUGUGUGAAUCCAUGUAGACAAGGAUUUAGAAAGAAACAAGGGAAAUGUGCCUUGAUUAUCUCCCACCGCUUUAACAUUUACUGGUCACUUCUGAUGGCAGUGGUUGAUCAGGUAUAUAUUAAUCCAAUGUCCAAAAUGCAAAAAAGAUUCCUGUGUUAUUACAUUAUUCAUCCAAAGCUACUUAUUUGGACUCUAGCUCCCAUAAUCCUUCCCUUGCUCACCAGAAACAGCCAUUGAUAUUAUGCAUUGUGUUGUCGAAGGCUUUCAUCACUGGGUUGCUGUGAGUUUUCUGGGCUGUCCGGACAUGUUCCAGAAGCAUUCUCUCCUGACGUUUCGCCCACAUUUAUGGCAGGCAUCCUCAGAGGUUGGGAGGUGUAUUUGAAACUAGGCAAGAGGGGAUUAUCUAUCUGCGGAAAGUCAGGCAGGAAGCAGCCAGGCUUUGAAUCUGCAAGGCCAUUCAAUGCUAUUCUCAGGAUUACACUUAGCACUUUAAGUACUACACCUGCUGUGUAAACCCCUCCCUGAUGACUUGACAUUUUUACUGCACCUUGGCCCAGAUCUUUUGAUCCAACUCAUGAUUUUAACGUUGUUUUGUAUAUUGACUUUUUACGAUUGUUUUUAUCCAUGUUGAUGUUUUAUUGUUGCUGAUUUGUUUAUUGUUUUUGUUUUGAUUUUGUGCUGUUGUGUCCGGGCAUGGCCCCAUGUAAGCCGCCCCGAGUCCCUUCGGGGCGGUAGGGCGGGUUAUAAGAAUAAAGUUAUUAUUAUUACAGUAGAGUCUCACUUAUCCAACACUCGCUUAUCCAACAUUCUGGAUUAUCCAACGCAUUUUUGUAGUCAAUGUUUUCAAUAUACAGUAGAGUCUCACUUAUCCAACAUAAACUGGCCAGCAGAAGCUUGGAUAAGCGAAUAUCUUGGAUAAUAAGGAGGGAUUAAGGAAAAGCCUAUUAAACAUCAAAUUAGGUUAUGAUUUUACAAAUUAAGCACCAAUAUGUCAUGUUAUACAACAAAUUUGACAGAAAAAGUAGUUCAAUACGCAGUAAUGCUAUGUAGUAAUUACUGUAUUUACGAAUUUAGCACCAAAAUAUCAUGAUAUAUUGAAAACAUUGACUACAAAAAUGCGUUGGAUAAUCCAGAAUGUUGGCUAAGCGAGUGUUGGAUAAGUGAGACUCUACUGUAUUGUGAUAUUUUGGUGCUAAAUUCGUAACGUCAGGAGAGAGUGCUUCUGGAACAUGGCCAGGCAGCUGGAAAACACAGCAACCCAAUAUGAUGCAUUUUGUUCCUAGGAUAGUUUCUUAGCCCUCUCUUCGUCUCCUUCCCGCGGUCCUGCUCCUUUAAGGCCAAGCCCCGCCUCUCUUUGGGCGCCUGCCUCCGCCCGCCAUGACGGGGCCGGGCGGAAGUAGGGCUCCAGGGUGACGUCACGGCAUGGCCAGCCCCGCCCCGUUCCCUUGGAGACAGACAGACAGGGGGCGGAAGUGAGGUGGCGCUUCCGGUGGGGCCCAGCCGAGGGAGAGGCGCCAGCCCUUGGCGUGUUCGUCGGAAUCUUCGCGCGCGUGAGUGGAAGGAGAGUCCUAAUGAGGCCUAGUUCCGUGAUGGUGAGGAGACGGAGACACACACGGGCCCGUCUAGUCAGACUUCCACGCCCCGCCUGUCCCUCCGAGGGAGACGAGGGGGACCAGUCCCCGCCCACAGACACGCCCACGGACAGACACGGGUGCACACAACAGGAGGCGGGCAAGGAGUAAACACGGGAGACCGGCCAGGGACCAUGGCUUUGGCCCCGGCCUACGAAUUUGGACCACGUGAUUCUAAUAUUUCUUGCAGGUAACUUCUGAAAAAUCUCUGCGAAGAACACGUGAGAGCUUUGCCCGAGGAGUGCUCUAAGUCUAAAGUGACUUCAAGAUACACAGCAAUGAAAACAAGAAAAAAUAAGUAGUAAAAAAUAUAUUUCAAGCUACAAACCUAUGCAGUUAAGAGGAGGAAAUAAGAUUAUGCUGAAAAAAGACAGUCUUGGGAAAGCGAGCAGAAGGCUACAGCAAUACAAAGACUGCUGUUCAGGAGGUUAUAUCUGUGAACCCCUGGCAUAAUAUUUGAAUUAUAAAUAUAAAAGAAUGGCAAGUCCUCUACCUCCCUAUCCUAGAUCACACACAGGGGAGAAGUUACAUCAGUGUGUGGAAUGUGGGAAACAAUUUGAUUGGAAAAGUUCUCUUACUCUACAUGAACGGACCCACACAGGGGAGAAGCCCUAUAAAUGCAUGGAAUGUGGAGAAAGCUUCAGUCACAGUGGCAAUCUACAUUCCCAUGAACGGACUCAUACAGGGAAGAAGCCAUAUGAAUGCAUAGAAUGUGGAGAAAGCUUCAGUCAGAGUGGCAAUCUACGUUCCCAUCAAAGGACCCACACAGGGGAGAAGCCCUAUAAAUGCAUGGAAUGUGGAAAGAGCUUCAGUCGGAGUGACAGUCUACGUACCCAUCAAAGGACCCACACAGGGGAGAAGCCACAUAAAUGCAUAGAAUGUGGAGGAAGCUUCAGUCAGAGUGGCCGUCUACGUUCCCAUCAAAGGACCCACACAGGGGAGAAGCCAUAUAAAUGCAUAGAAUGUGGAGAAAGCUUCAGUUGCAGUGGCAAUCUACGUACCCAUCAAAGGACCCACACAGGGGAGAAGCCCUAUAAAUGCAUGGAAUGUGGGAAGAGCUUCAGUCGGAGUGACAGUCUACGUACCCAUCAAAGGACCCACACAGGGGAGAAGCCACAUAAAUGCAUAGAAUGUGGAGGAAGCUUCAGUCAGAGUGGCCGUCUACGUUCCCAUCAAAGGACCCACACAGGGGAGAAGCCACAUAAAUGCAUAGAAUGUGGAGAAAGCUUCAGUUGCAGUGGCAAUCUACGUACCCAUCAAAGGACCCACACAGGGGAGAAGCCCUAUAAAUGCAUGGAAUGUGGGAAGAGCUUCAGUCGGAGUGACAAAUUACGUUCCCAUCAAAGGACCCACACAGGGGAGAAGCCAUAUAAAUGCAUGGAAUGUGGGAAGAGCUUCAGUCACAGUGAUAAACUACGUUCCCAUCAAAGGACCCACACAGGGAAGAAGCCACAUAAAUGCAUGGAAUGUGGGAAGAGCUUCAGUCACAGUGAUAAACUACGUUCCCAUCAAAGGACCCACACUGGGGAGAAGCCACAUAAAUGCAUGGAAUGUGGAAAGAGCUUCAGUCGGAGUCACCAUCUACGUUCCCAUCAAAGGACCCACACAGGGGAGAAGCCCUAUAAAUGCAUGGACUGUGGAAAGAGCUUCAGUCGGAGUGACAGUCUACGUACCCAUCAAAGGACCCACACAGGGGAGAAGCCACUUAAAUGCAUAGAAUGUGGAAAGAGCUUCAGUCGGAGUGACAGUCUACGUAGCCAUCAAAGGACGCACACAGGGGAGAAGCCACAUAAAUGCAUAGAAUGUGGAAAAAGCUUCAGUCAGAGUGGACAUCUACGUUCCCAUCAAAGGACCCACACAGGAGAAACCACAUAAAUGCAUAGAAUGUGGAGAAAGCUUCAGUCGGAGUGGCAGUCUACGUUCCCAUGAAAGAAUUCAUACAGGGGAGAAGCCACAUAAAUGCAUGGAAUGUGGAAAGAGCUUCAGUCAGAGUGGACAUCUACGGUCCCAUCAA